AUAUUUGCUCUUCACCAUGCCGGCUCUCUUGGAAAGACCCAAGCUGACUAACACCAUGGCCCGAGCCCUCCACCGCCAUGUCAUGAUGGAGCGGGAACGCAAGCGACAAGAGGAGGAGGAGGUGGAUAAGAUGAUGGAGCAGAAGAUGCGAGAUGAACAAGAGAGGAGGAGGAAGAAGGAAAUGGAGGAGAGGAUGUCCCUGGAAGAGACCCGGGAACAGAUUAUGAAGCUCCAGGAGAAGCUGAACAAGUUGCAGGAGGAAAAACAUCAACUUUUCCUGCAGCUGAAGAAAGUUCUCCAUGAAGAGGAAAAGAGGAGAAGGAAGGAGCAAAGUGACCUCACCACUCUGACGUCCGCAGCCUACCAGCAGGGCAUGGUCAUGCACGCAGGGGCCCACAUCCUUAACAUGCAGGGGAGCCCCGGAGGUCAUUCCAGGCACGGCUCUCUCAUGGCCGAUCGCUCCAAGCAGAUGUUUGGACCGCCCGUUAUAACCGGCCGCCAUUACCAGACACAGCCGUCCUUCAGUCCAACCGCGGCAGAACAUGGCCAGUACCAGACCAGCCAGUCGGGUCACAGCCCCUAUACUGUCAGCCAAUCGCAACACAGCUUUGGUGCAGCCCAGGCCGGACAGGUCACCUAUACUACCAGUCAGCCAAUCAGAGGUCCCUCCGCCUUCCCCACCAUGCAGUACUUGUCCCACCAGCAGCCGGGAUACACAGUCCACGGUCAUUACACCGGAGCUCACGCAGGGUUUAUUCCUCCCAGCAGCGGCAUUCCUCUCCAGAAGCAGCUUGAACAUGCCAACCAGCAGUCCGGCUUCACUGAUUCCUCUACCCUCCGUCCCAUGCACCCCCAGGCUCUGCACCCCACCCAGACUCUCCUGACUGCACCUCAGAUAGCAGUGCCCAUGCAGCCUGCCAAGGUAAGACUCCGCACAGGACCUAUCCUCCCCUCCUCACCUGUACUCAUCUCUCCUCCUCACCUCAUGAGGAACCUCACUGCAGAAGAAGCAGACCUGCUCCUGCACAUUCUAGAUGUAGACCAUUGGCAGGGGAACUACCUCUGUUUCCUGAGUCUGGGCCCCGGAGAGUGGUCCCUGUACCUGGAGGUGUUCCGGGCCCCUUGCUGCAGGAGGACCCGGAACAUGAACGUAGUGGGAGGACUUCCUGUCCCCCAUCCUCCUCCUCCUCAGGUCCUGACGGAGACCGUACAGUCUAGGAACCUCCCAUUGCACCGGGAGGACUUCAUUCACUUGCAAGGCUUGGAUGUUCCCUCCCAGGAAGUACUGCACGGGCCUGGCCCGAUCUCUGCCUCAGCGGUUCUCUUCCACCUCCUGACCCGAACAGAGACGCACGCCAUGCACGGUGGCCUUCCUGAUCCCCGUCACUUCCGUGAGAUGGGUUUCCAAGUGGGCGGCCACGUCCUACAAGGAACCCUUCGUAAGGACGAGGUGGUUCUGAGGCCUGGGGCCUUCUUCCUCCCGGAGGUGGCCUCUCCUUUUAUCAUCCUUAUGUCCUGUUCCCCAAAAGGAGAUUUCCCUUCACUGCCAUGA